CGAAAGUAGGAUGUUAGUGUGGCAUUCUCUGUUUGAAAAUGUUACUCGGCCAGGUGCGGAGCUCUAAGAAUACACUGCAAUGCCGAAGAAACGGUCGUCACAAAGUACCCAACAUUUCCCGAUGCGACUAAGUUGCGUGCCAUAGGUCCGGUGAAAGAGGCACAUAUGACCAAAUUCACCUUCCGCCCGAAGUUUGAUAGUCCAGAACACUUGGAGAGCCGCACCCCGAACACCGUUCUGUGUACUAUAUUCUGGAGAUCUCGGACAAAUACUUUCGUCAUCUGCUCGCAGAGACUUGGACGGGCCGCUUUGUCCUCUAGGUUACGGCUUGUUGUUCCAUUCUAUUCUGCUCAAGAGGCAAAAUAAGAGUUUUUCAAUUGCUCCCGAGGCGAAGUCCCACAUAAAGCAAGUAGGACAUCUAGGAUAUAGCUUGCCGCGCAUUGAUGGAGCUCAGGAGGGUAUGGCUGUUUCGGAUGUUAUGGUGCUCGAAAGCAUCCACUCUAUCUCUUCAUGAAACCUUCGCACCGACUCGGGAAUGCCGUCCUUAGUUUCGGCCUCAUGGUGGCGGGCAUUGACAAUGAGUACUCCGCAUGCACUCUACUUCUCGCGCCACCAUGUGAUUAGAGAUGCAGUUAAAGAUAUGACGGAACACGAGAAUUGGGGCUACAUUUGAUUCAUGGUCAAGCUGGAUACGCUUUAGCGUUCAGAGAACUAUAAGAGAAUAUCCUAGAUUGACAUCCGACUUACGCAAAUCUGCAAAUAAUUCACGUCAAUUUUGAUCUCGAUUCAGGGAGGUAUGGCUGACAGUGCGAGUAUGCCAUCUCUGGAUAGCACUAUCGGACUCUUGCUUCUCACUGGCCUGUUUUCUAUGGGACUGUGGGGUGCAUCGGUGGUCCAACUGUACUAUUACAUUGAGAAAUAUUGGAGGCUGGACAAAUGGCAUCUCCAGCUGUACGCUUUAUUUACAUGGAUACUUGACACCGUUCAUCAAGGAAUCCUCUGCCACACUGUGUACAUACUUUUUGUGAAGCAUUUCGCAGACACCUCUUUCUUGAACCAUGUGCCCAAGAAUAACCAGAUAACUGUCAUCCUUCAAGCUUUAGUUGACACACUUGUGCAAGUUCUCUUUGUCACGAGAAUUUGGUAUCUGAGUAACAAGAACGUUAUCCUGACGGGUAUUAACAUAUUGCUCAUUUCGGCACUACUUACUGUCAACCUCAUUUUCUGCGGAAAGGCCUUCAAUUUCACGAACUUUGGGCAAUUGGCGACACUCCAAGGCCUUAUUAUCGCUCUUAACACCCUAAUCACUCUUGUCGACACCGUCAUCGCACUUACUCUCGUCGUCCUACUUCGGCGCCAACGGUCCCGGUGCAAAGCUACAGAGUCGGUCGUGAAGCGCUUGAUUAUGUACAGCAUAAGCACAGGUCUCAUCACGGGAUUGUGGAGUCUUAUCGGCCUUGCCGGAGCAAUUGCAUUGCCCACGUCUAAUUUGGAUGCAUUUGUUGAUCUUGUUCUACCAAGACUCUAUGUGAACUGCAUGCUCGCAUCGUUGAAUGCAAGGGAGAACCUUCGUAGCGAACUCGCAAGUGGCUCUGCGCGCGGAAAUACAAUACAGCUCAGCACAUUCGAUACCAUUGCUAGAACAGUGGAGAGCACGCCAGUAGCUAGCGAUAAUUCUAUUAAGGUCAAUGGCACUGUUGAUUCGCUUCAAGACGUCGAAGAUUAUUAUCCUUCUGGGUAUCCUACAAAGCGUGCUGCGACAGAUCUUUGA